AUGGAGGCCCGGAUCUUGAAGAUCGCCAGAGGGUGCCCCUUCCUGUGUCACUCCCAUGCCACAUUCCAGUCCGAGGUUCAAGCCUUCUUUGUGCUCGAGUAUGCCGGUGGGGGAACGCUGCACAGGAUGAUUACCAAUCAAGGAAAUCUACCAAUGAAGACCAUCAAGAUCUACACUGCAGAGAUGGUGAUUGCCCUCCAGUUUCUGCACUCCAAUGGCAUUAUUCAUCGUGAUCUCAAGCCGGAAAACAUCUUGGUGGAUAACGACGGACACAUUAAGAUCUGCGACUUCGGCAUCGCUGCUGAAGAAAUGUUCGUCGGAAUGGAGAUCAGUGGAUUGGGAGGAACACCCGGAUACCGUGCGCCGGAGAUUUUGUCAUUGGAGAAGUACGACGCUGGAGUGGACUGGUGGUCAUUCGGUGUCAUCAUGUACGAAAUGGCCACUGGCAGGCAGCCGUUUAUCCCAUCACUUGUUCCUGCUCGGGAGUUUUUUGAAAUCAAGCGGACAAAGCUGGAUUUCCCAAGUCACAUGAGCCAGGAAAUGCUGGACCUUCUGCCAAAGCUUCUGGAGAUGGACAAAAACAAACGUUUAGGAGUAAAUGGAAACAUCAGGGAGCACCCAUUCUAUAGCGGAAUCAACUGGAGUGAGCUGGAAAGCAGAACAAUGCAGACACCUUUCAAGCCCAAAAUUGUAAGUACAUGCCUACCCCAAGCAAUGGUACGUCUCUCCCCACAUUAG